UUGGGCUGAAAACAAGAGGCUGAACAAGGCAAUGGAUGCGGUGGAGAAAAGGGGACCGUACAUCAUGAGCAAGCCUCCCUCCAUUCAUGCCAAGCUCCAGAGGCAACGCGAGCUGGCAAAAGCAGCGCUGCGAAGGCAGGGGCUGCUGGGAGGACCCACGCCACACCAGCCGAAGGCGGCACCUAAAAGGCUCGCUCCUCUGCUUUCCUGCAGAUCGGUGAAGUUUAACAAGGGCUACACGGCGCUCAGCCAAACGGCAGAUGAAAACCUGGUCUCCCUCGAUUCGGACAGUGACGGGGAGCUGGGAUCCAGAUGUUCCUCAGGCUACUCCUCUGCUGAGCAGGUGAACCAGGACCUGAGCCGGCAGCUGCUGCAAGAUGGGUACCACCUUGAUGAGGUCCCCGAUGACGAAGAUCUGGAUCUCAUCCCCCCAAAACCCAUCGCCUCCUCUUCUUGCCCCUGUUGUUUCGGAGAAAAUCUCUCCUGCGUGAUCCAGUAGACGCCGCUCGGCCGGGGCCGUGCAAGAACAGGUCAAAAGCCAGCACUUUCUUUGUCCCGUGGGAUGGCUGUCGGUGUCCGUGUCCCACACCAGGACAACAACACGAGGACUGAAUGAUGUUGCAAUGCCGCUCGUGGUGAGCAGCAGCAACCAACCAACCCCAGAGGACUUUUCCUUACACUCAACAAUAUCAGGGAAAGGUGGCAUGGUGACGUUCAGGUGGCCUGGAUGGGACCUGUUGCCUGGCUGGGGUGGGGAGGGAGGAGAAGCAGGAGCCUAGGCACCUCCAUGGGGGUGUAAAGGGAAGGAAUUGGGAGGUGCAGCAGCAAACGCUCUUCUGUUUGCCUGACCUCCUCUUUUCCUCCUUUAAUUGGCCACAUGGAGGAUUAGGACCUGGCCCCGGACAUGGGUUACCCUUCCCAGCCCUCCCUAAUGAAGACGUGGUUGAUGGUGGGGUCAAACUGCCGUGGUGUGGGACCAGGCUGGGAAGCCCUGAGACACCUUUUCUAUUUAUUUUCAUUUUAGUCACCCCUCCUCCCUGGCAGGCUGAGGCCAGGCCAGCAAGGCUGGGGUCAGCACAGGCUGGCAGAGAGCUGUUUCAUUUACCUAUCUCAUGCUGCUUGCAAUUAAUUGCUGCUGGCUUCCCUCCUCCCAAAGCCUGGGCUGACCUGAACCAAAGACCGCAGCUUCAACAGAGAAGAUGGGUGGAACCCAGUGGAGCAGAUUGGGGCAGGCUGCUGAGCAUUAAGCAUCUGCGUUUCUUACAUCCACCAGCAGCUACU